AUGGAGCGAUUCAAUUUGCAGAAUGGUAGAGAGCUUCGGCAUUUCAGCCAUCCCCAUAUCUUGAAGCUAAGCCAUGCCUAUAUCUUGAAGCUAAGCACCUGGGAAGGAGGAGCAUCAGGUGAGCAACUGUAUUGUAAAGGAUGCAUUAAACCUGUUAAAGAUGGAUUGGUUUAUACUUGUAAGCCCUGCAAUUUUUAUCUUCACUUAAGCUGUGCAAAAAUCCCUGAGCAGAUCAACCAUCCUGCUGACAAUCAUGUUCUCAAUUUGCUUUCUAGUCCAUGGAUUUAUGCACAAGGGGCCUGUGCAUGUGAUGCAUGUGGGCAACAAAUGAGAUAUGGGUUUUCAUUUCAUUGCAGUCUCUGCCAAUUAGAUCUGCAUCCUUCAUGUGCAAAUCUGCCCAUGAAAGUUAAUCACCCAUAUCAUCCUGAACACACAUUGAAGCUCUAUUUUGUUUCUCCCUAUGAAGACAAAUCAUUCACUUGCUGUGUCUGCAACGAACGGAGCAAAUCUUUGUGGCACUAUCAUUGCUCAGAGUGCUUGUACGACGUGCAUGUGGCCUGCAGUUGCACCCAUCAAGAUUCGAUGAAUCAGUUUUCUCAGAAUUAUAAUGAACAAGUAAAAAGACUUGUUGAGAGAAUAAAUGCUUAUAACCAAGAGCUAAGGGCCCCGCAUAUGCCCAUGGGAAAUCCCAGGUAUCCUUAUUUAUAUUCUGGUCUAACUCGGCCAUCUAUGUUUUACAGCUCCUCUUCUUUUCAUGUGCAGCAACAGCAACGUCCACCGUUUCCAUCUGCAUAUGAGAACAUGAAUUACAGCAUGUUGAGAAAGCCAGGAAUGGAGCUCAUAAUGCAGAAUUUGAUGGGUGGUUCAUCCAAUAGUUUUGAUUUUAUGAGUAUGAUGGGUUCAGGAGGAGGAGAUGGUUUUGGAAGUUCGGAGGACUUGUCUAGUAUUUUGAAUAUGAUCAGUUCAGGAGGAGGAGGUGGGAAUCUAAGUGGUAUUCUUGGAUCUAUGUUUGGCUUCGGAUUCUUUUGA